CAGGAUGGCAGCGGUGUCUGGGCUCAUGAGGAGACCCCUUCAGCAGGUUUCCGGGCUGCUGAAGAGGUGCUUUCAUAGAACCGCGCCGGCAGCGCUGCAGCUGACAGUUCGAGAAGCUAUUAAUCAAGGUAUAGAUGAGGAGCUGGAAAGAGAUGAGAAGGUAUUUCUGCUUGGAGAAGAAGUUGCCCAGUAUGAUGGGGCAUACAAGGUUAGUCGAGGCCUGUGGAAAAAAUAUGGAGAUAAGAGGAUCAUAGACAUUCCGAUAUCUGAGAUGGGUUUUGCUGGAAUUGCAGUUGGUGCAGCUAUGGCUGGGUUGCGGCCCAUCUGUGAAUUUAUGACCUUCAAUUUCUCUAUGCAAGCCAUUGACCAGGUUAUAAACUCAGCUGCCAAGACCUACUACAUGUCUGCAGGCCUCCAGCAGCCUGUGCCCAUAGUAUUCAGGGGACCUAAUGGUGCCUCAGAAGGUGUGGCUGCCCAACACUCACAGUGCUUUGCUGCAUGGUAUGGGCACUGCCCAGGCUUAAAGGUGGUCAGCCCCUGGAAUUCAGAGGAUGCAGCCAUUCAGGAUAACAAUCCAGUGGUGAUGCUAGAGAAUGAAUUGAAGUAUGGAGUUUCCUUUGAACUUCCUGCAGAAGCUCAGUCAAAAGAUUUUCUGAUUCCCAUUGGAAAAGCCAAAAUAGAAAGGCAAGGGACACAUAUAACCAUAGUUGCCCAUUCGAGACCUGUAGGCCACUGCUUAGAAGCUGCGACUGUACUAUCUAAAGAGGGAAUUGAAUGUGGGGUAAUUAAUAUGCGUGCCAUCAGACCAAUGGACAUUGCCAUAGAAGCCAGUGUCAUGAAGACAAAUCAUCUUGUAACUGUGGAAGGAGGCUGGCCACAGUUUGGAGUAGGAGCUGAAAUUUGUGCCAGGAUCAUGGAAGGACCUGCAUUCAAUUUCCUGGAUGCUCCUGCUGUUCGUGUCACUGGUGCUGAUGUUCCAAUGCCUUAUGCUAAGAUUCUAGAAGACCACUCUGUACCUCAAGUCAAAGACAUCAUAUUUGCUAUAAAGAAAACACUGAAUAUCUAGCUUGGACUUGAAUAUCAAGUCAUUGGGAUUUAUUUAAAACACUUGGCUGGAGCUCCAUCU